UAGUGGGGAACUUCUCUUGGGUGUUUGGGGUUCGAUUCCCGCCCCCAGGGUCUUAGUGCGCUCUGAAUCUCCCGAAUUUUCACUUUGUAUGGUUUUGGACCUCGAUCGGGGGGAGGAGAGGAACGCGUGGGCGACUGUCUUCCUUUGUAGAUGAAUUUCGAGGUGAAGUUCACUUCCCCUGUUACUUACAAGCUCAAACUGGCCCAGACGUGCAGGAUUGAAUUUCGAAAAAACCUAUUGAGAACCCAAUCUUAGCAGCUGGGCGCUGCAGGAACUGGAGACCCACUGACCUGUGUAGGAGGAUGCCCUCCAAGUGUCCAUAAAGAGAGAGAGAGAGAGCAAGCAGGGGGAGCAGCAGAGGGAGAGUGCUGAGCCGAAGGUAGACGCUUAACUGACCGAGCCACCCAGGUCGUGAUGUCUCGAGAGACGGAUGGGGAGUGUCAGCAGUCCCAUGGCAGUAGCGCCUGUUCACAGCCCCAAGGCGGCUUCUCACAGUCUCAAGGCAUCUCCUCCCAGACGCACGGCUCCUCGUCACAAUCUCAAGGAACGUCCAGCUCCACCAGCACAGCACCCACAUCCAGCCAGUCCUCUCACUCCAGCUCGGGGACGCUGAGCUCCUUAGACACAGUGUCCACCCAGGAACUCUGUUCUAUUCCUGAGGACCAGGAACCCGAGGAGCCUGUCCCUGCCCCUUGGGCUCGAUUAUGGGCCCUUCAGGAUGGGUUCCCCAAUCUUGAGUGUGUUAAUGACAACUACUGGUUUGGGAGAGAUAGAAGCUGUGACUACUGCUUUGAUGAGCCACUGCUGAAAAGAACGGAUAAAUACCGGACUUACAGCAAGAAGCACUUUCGGAUUUUCAGAGAAAUGGGUCCUAAAAACUCUUACAUCGCAUACAUAGAAGAUCACAGUGGGAAUGGAACCUUUGUAAAUAGAGAGCUGGUAGGGAAAGGAAGACGCCUUCCUUUGAAUAACAAUUCUGAAAUUGCACUGUCAGUGUGGAGUAAUAAAGUUUUUGUAUUUUUUGAUCUGACUGUAGAUGAUCAGUCAGUUUAUCCUAAGGAAUUAAGAGACCAAUACAUCCUGUCAAAAACUCUUGGAAGCGGUGCCUGUGGUGAAGUGAAGCUAGCUUUUGAGAGGAAAACAUGUAAGAAAGUAGCCAUAAAAAUCAUCAGCAAAAGGAAGUUCGCUAUUGGCUCUGAGAGUGGGGCAGAUCCACCUCCCAAUGUUGAAACAGAAAUAGAAAUUUUGAAAAAACUAGAUCAUCCUUGUAUCAUCAAGAUUAAAGACUUUUUUGAUGCCGAAGAUUAUUAUAUUGUUUUGGAAUUGAUGGAAGGAGGAGAGCUUUUCGACAGGGUGGUGGGGAAUAAGCGCCUCAAAGAAGCUACGUGUAAACUCUAUUUUUACCAGAUGCUCCUGGCUGUACAGUACCUUCAUGAAAACGGUAUUAUACAUCGGGACUUAAAACCAGAGAAUGUUCUACUCUCAUCUCAAAAAGAGGACUGUCUUAUAAAGAUUACUGAUUUUGGGCAGUCUAAGAUUUUGGGGGAGACCUCUCUUAUGAGAACUUUAUGUGGUACUCCCACCUACCUGGCUCCUGAGGUUCUUAAUUCCUUUGGGACUGCUGGAUAUAACCGAGCUGUGGAUUGCUGGAGUUUAGGAGUUAUUCUUUUUAUUUGCCUUAGUGGGUAUCCACCUUUCUCUGAGCAUAAGACUCAGGUGUCUUUGAAGGAUCAGAUCACCAGUGGAAAAUUCAAUUUCAUUCCUGAAGUCUGGACAGAGGUCUCAGAAAAGGCUCUGGACCUUGUCAAGAAGUUGUUGAUAGUGGAUCCAAAGGUGCGUUUUACGACAGAAGAAGCUUUAAGACACCCGUGGCUUCAGGAUGAAGACAUGAAGAGAAAAUUUCAGAAAUUACUUUUUGAAGAAACAAAGUCAACGGCUCUACCCCAACUCCCAGCCCAGCCUUCCACGAGUCGAAAGCGGCGUCUUGAAGGGGAAGCAGAGGAUGCUGACACCACAAAGCGCCUGGCUGUGUGUGCUGCUGUGUCGUGAACACUGGUUGAACAUGAAAGAAACCUGC